AUGUUAUCUAGUACUACUGCCACUCCUGAUAGUAAUAAUAAUAAUAAUAAUAAUAAUAAUAAUAAUAACAAUAACAGUAAUCACAAUAACAUCACUGCUUCUCCUACUCCUACCAAUUAUACUUUACCAAAAUUAGAUAUUGCACAACCAAUUAUGAUGAAACCAAAUGAACAGCAAACUAUUACUUCUCUUAGUACUGAUAAUAAUAUAACAAACCAAGAAACUGAUAAGGAAAAUAAAAGUAAUUUAUUAAUACCAAAAAAAUCUAGGGCUAUUAGAACUACUAAACCUAGACCAUACCUGUGCUCUAUAUGCACUAGGGGUUUUGUUAGAAAAGAACACUUAAAAAGACAUUCUUUAGCUCAUACUAAUGAAAAACCAUUCAAGUGUUUAUUCUGUGGUAGGUGUUUUGCCCGAAAGGAUUUAGUAUUAAGACAUCAAAGAGUUAUACAUUCCAGUUUAAUGUCCACCACGGAUGAUCAGGAGAAUAAUUCUGAUAUCUCCACUAAUCUUACAUCCAAUGCUGUAAAGAAUUCUAGCUCAAUAAAUGAUGCCAAUAUUGUGAAGAUCGAAGGAAACACACAAAAUAUUUUACCAGCUAAUAAUAAUAUUCAGACGGACAAAGAGCUUAUAAAAGAGCAAACACAUGUUACUGUUCCUCUUCAGAUAAAGAAAAGACCAAGACAUGCUUCAUUUAGCGCUAGCAGUGAGGUCACUUACACCCAUAGUAAAGAAGCUGAUAUAAUUCAACAGAAAAUAGCUAAACAAAACAAUUCAACUAACGAAGUACCUCACCAAGUCGGGUUUUCCACUCCACAAAUCUCAUUUCAAGAACUAAUAGAUGCCAUACCGGAAUUGCAAUUGAAUAAUUGUGCUACUGCUAACAUUACGGAUAUGAAUACAAUAGCCCCUAAUAAUACUACAGCGGCCAGCACCAACAACCAUCCCACCACAGAUUUACCCGAGGGAUUUAUUUCUUUAUUAAACUUAACCGAGUAUUACAAUGCUAAUGGGUCUAUUAAUAGUGCUGCUAAUAAUAAUAAUAUCACCACCACCACAAACACUACGGAUAUUAGUAACAAUGCAACUGCUAAUAACACAAGUGAAGUUCCUUAUAAGUUAAACACCCCAUUUUUACUGAAUUCCCCCAGUUUAAGCAAUUUAUUAUUGAUGAACGGUGGUACCAAUGGAUUCACACCAAACCAAAAUGCUUAUCUCAUUGGAAAUAAUAACAGUAUUUAUAACAUCAAUAAUACUACUAAGGAUGAUACAAAUGGCAAUAAAAACAUGAAUUUAAGUACGAGUGAAGAUGAAUUAGAUUAUUUCAACUAUAAAUCUAACAACAACACUAAUAAUGGCGAUACCAAUACCUCAAAUGCUUUAUAUCACAUUCCUCCCAAUACUACUAAUAAUAACACAGCUACCACUAACCAACAUUGGUUGGCUGACUUUAUUUAUUCUAAUUUUGAAGACGAUUUAGAAUUGGAUUUAUCUCAUUUCAAUGAUAUCGGGUUUGAUGAAUUAUAUAACGAGGCUAAUAACAAUUCCAUCAGCAUUAAUAGCAAUGCUAUCCCUAGGAACAACUUGUCUGGUUCCAAUAUGAUAAAUUUACGCAAUAAUUCUAGCGCACCCACAACAACCUCAACAAUACCCACCACUACACCCAGCUCACCAAUUAACAGUAUACCCACAAAAAAUAAUGGUAAUUCUAAACAAGUUCCAAAUUUUUUCAGAUCCAGACAAAUGGAUUUGUUCAAAAAACAGUUGAUGCUCUUUAAUUCGCAACCAGAAAAACACACUACUGCCAAUAAUUUCAAAAAUACUAGCAACACCAUUUUUGGUAUUACUUCGGAUGAUUUACCCAUCAACACUCUUCAAUUUUCCUCUGCUCGCUUGCACUUAUUUACUCACGAAUUAAGACAGGAAAUAUUACAAGCACACCACUUAACAGACAGCCAAUUUCCCACUGUUGAAGAAUUAAAUCAAUAUGUUAAUUUCUAUAACACAGAAUUUCACCCGUACUUUGAUUUUAUCCAUUUGUAUUCUAUUCAGCCUAGUUUGGAAAACCAUUCAUUGCUAACGAGUAUUGCAUGCAUCGGCUCCUUAUAUAAUUUCCAUUUAUUCCAUGGGAUGCAGUUAUUUAGUAUUAGUAGACAUCACAUUAGACAAUUGUUGGAAAAAAUAAGCGAAAACGAAAAGGAAUUUAUUCCACUAUGGAUUAUUCAAUCAAUGGUCAUGUUGACCUUUGUGGAAACUUUCCACAAUGACAUUAAUAUUACCUCAAACGUGGAGACCCAUUUGAAAACUUUAAUUAAAAUUGUACACAAGAAACAACUAAAUGUUCCCUUGGAAAAACUGAUUAAUCCUCCAAUUAAGUUUGGCAAUACUACUAAUAUUAAUAAAAAGGAUAUUGACGAAAUUUUUCAAUAUUUUAUUAAGGCGCAGUCCAGAAUAAGAACAUGUCACACUAUAUUGUGUAUAUCUAAUUUGUUUACAUCAUUGGUUGGGUUAGAAGAUUGUUGCUUGCAUAGCAUUGAUUUGAAAAAGAGUGGUGUUCCCUGCUAUCAACAAGACCUGUAUCAUGUUUCCAACAGCAAAGAAUGGUAUUUUUUAUUGACUGCUAAGUACAAGAUAAAUUUGGAUUCCAAAUUUUCAUUAGUAGAGUUAUCUAACGGUGGGGACGUUUAUGCACACUGUUUAAUAGAUUUAACCACCACAGCUGGUGAUGGCAGCACCAAUGUGUCUAACGCCAAUAAUAAAGAGGAAGAUUUACUACAUAUAAGCGCACCGAAUUCUGCGGUUAAUACUAAUACAAAUACUAUUAGUUUCAACGGCAUCAACCAUUAUUUGCCGUUGCACCAUUUUGCAUCAUUUAAAAAUAUUUCAUAUUUUACGCUACUUUCCAUGUUGAUAUCUAUUCAUGAAAAGAUCGGGAUUGAAAGAAGUAAGAAAUACGAUGAUUUUCAGUGGUUGUUUAAUUCUGUUCCCAUAAUAAAUCAAUUAUUACAUAGCUGGGAGACUUUGUACACCAGGAAUGGGGGCAUACUGGUGGAAGAGGGUAAUAAUAACCAUAAUGGUGGGUAUAAAAAUAUUUCUUUGAUCAACAAUAGUCCCAAGAUGAAGUUGAUUUUACCCUUAUUGAAUUUUGCCAAAAUUAGGAAGUGUUUAAAUUUGGUACCUAUAAUGAACGCAAUUUGGUUGAAGGAUUGGGAAACUUUAAAUAGAGUAAUGGAUGAGUUUAUUGUGGUAGAAAGCAAUGUUGUCCCCAUUAUAAACAGCAAUAGUAAUGCUUUACUAAAUAUUAAAUUUAAUUUGCUAAGAGAUGCAGCUCAGUAUUCCAUAUCCACCAUCAAAUUAUGGAUUGAUAUAGUUUCCAUUAUGCAAAACGCCAGAAAAACAUCGAUGAAUACCCCGAUAUUUGCAAUUACGUGUAUUUUUACGUCGAUAAUUGUGCUAUCAGUAUAUUUACAAAAAAUCGAAAGUGUUAUUGUGAGCAGCCAACUUUUCCCACAAGCGGAUCGCCAGCUGUGGUUACAAAGUGAGAUUGUAUUGAAGAAAUUGGAACAGCAUUUAUUGCCAAAGGGUUAUAAUAUGGAAUCAUAUGCCGAGUUUCUGAGAUUGCAAGCCAAUGGGGCACUAGAUGUGGAACCGUUGGAUGAUGAAUUGGCCAUUAAAGCGACUAUGAAUACCAAUACACCUAUUGAGGAAACAUUCAAGGUCAUUAAAAAAGCUAGGCUAAGUUCGAGAACAUUAUAUUUGGGUGUUAGAAUAUUAGCUGAUGCUCCAAUUUGGCCUAUUGCCUUGUUAUUUGCACAGGCGUUACAGGCUAGGUCUAUACAUAUAAAUAAAAAUAGGGAAAAGUGA